AUGCAUGUAUCGCAAGGCGUGGUAGUGUCGCCCAUACACGCACCCAAAGAGACCCGGUCUACAUCACAGGAGACUCUCACGUUGAGAUGGUUUGAGCUUUGCGUCGACGUUGGUGACUAUACCACAGACCAUUACGAAAUCGAUAUUUCGCAGGUGAGCUCGGACGCCGAGCUAUUCAGACUAAUCAGGGAGAGAUACAAGUCUGCGAAGCGCGGUUUUGCGAGACAAUGGCUGCUAAAGCCUCGAGAUGUCCACUUCGUCUUGUUUUCUAUGAGCCGGCGUUAUCAGUGCACUGCUGGUAUUCACGAGAAGCCCGACGAGUUUCCUCCUAAGGUUGAGCUGGACCAUCAACGGUAUCACUACUUACAUCCGAAACUGAGGAUGCCAGCUAAAAUCUUCCUCCACUAUCUCAACCGCGCAAAGUAUAAGGUUUGGGGGGAGCACAGUGAAGAUCUUUGGCUACAGCGUUUACCGAAGAAACUCAGUGAGACUGUUCUUGCUGAGGUAGUGCAGAGCCAAAAUAACUCUGAACAAAACAUUGUUGACCUCAACUCGGAUCCGGAUCUGGCAUUUGGAUGGGGCAUCCAUAUCAUUGACGGUGCUGACCAUGCUGUACUUGCCUUCAUAUUUGGUUGUGCGGUCGCCCUAUCGUUGUCAAUCUCGCUACUGAUUCUUGGUUUGGCGAAAACUCAAGAGCAGGCUUUUGGGGUUGGCAGCUAUCUGGUGGCUAUGAUAGCUUGCUUCACGGUUGCUGUGUAUGCGUGGUUCCAAGACUUAUAA